AUGUCAAGCGAAUUCUACUCUCAGCUUUCUUCUGAUUUUGCCAAAACAUUACAGAAUGGAGAAAAGUGUGAUUUAAUUAUCCAUGCUGGUGAAGGAGAAAACAGAAAGCAAUUCAAAGCGCAUACUUUGAUACUAGCAAUUCGAUCGAGCUACUUUAAAGUUGCAUUAUCUGAACAAUGGCUUAGAAAGACCGAUGAAUGUUACUAUUUUGAAAAGCCGAACAUUGAACCUGAGGUUUUUGAGAUCGUUCUAAAAUACUUGUAUACAGGGCAUGUAAACAUAACAGAAUGCGACGACUCUACUAUUCUCAAAUUGCUGCUAGCAUCCGACGAACUGAAUCUUAAUGAACUUCUUCAGUUUGCAUUGGAUCAUCUUAUCGAAUCGAGAACAGCCUUUAUCUGUGCACAACCUAUUUAUUUGCUCAAUUUGAUUUUGAGACUCGAGUCGUGCCAGAGAAUUGACGCUUGUUUCGAAACAUGCUGUCAUAUGAAGUGUGGGAAAGAUGCGUCGAACAAUAGGAGAGAAGCAUAUCACCUCAUUAAUCAAGAGUUGGAUAUACAUGAGGCAUCUGCUGUUGGGGACUUACAUAGGGUACAAGAACUAUUCGAGUUUCAUAGCGAAGGGCGUUCCGAAGAUUUAUUUCUAUUUGCAAACGAUAUGAAAACGACUACUGGCCUCACUCCGUUGCACUAUGCGGCUUCCAAAGGCCACUACGAAGUGGUGAAAUGGCUUGUCGAUACUGCAGGCGCUGUCGUGGAUUUGGAAGAUUUUACUGGAGAAACAGCGCUUCUGAAAGCUUCGUUCAGAGGUCAUGCAUGCAUAGUAUCUUUCUUGCUUGAGCGUGGGGCUAAAGUAAAUCGGAAAGACUCUGAUGGAUGGACCGCACUUCAUAAUGCUGCGGCACAAGGCCAUCUUCGGAUCGUGAUGCAUCUACUUCAACAUACAAACACCAUCAUCAACGUGGAGAAUGACAAAGGGUUCACCUCUUUGAUGAACGCUACAGCACAAGGACAUUUGGAGAUUAUAGAAUAUUUGUUGGAAAUGAAUGCAAACCCGUGUAUCGAGAAUGCGUACAAAGACACAGCAUAUGAUAUUGCUGCUAAAUGUCUAAACCGACCUUUGUGUGAGAUGUUGGAGGAGAGAGAACUCGAAUGGUCGAAAAGAAAUAGCGUACCCCCGUCAGUGCAUAACGGAAAACUAUUAGUACUUUAUGAGAAUCAGCGUGCGCCAUCAAGUUACAUUUUUCGAGGUUCACGUUGCUUCUCGGAAUCGGCACUUUUACCAAGUGAUACUUGUGGACCAUGGUCACUUCCGAGCGGAGAGUCCACGACGAAAACGGAUUUAGUAUUGUCGUAUAAGCUUUUAGGAUGGAUCAGAUUUUUUGACUGGGUGAUAGACAUGAACGGGUCACAAUUAGAUGCGGAAGGAUGGCAAUAUGCCAGGGAUUUUGAUGAUGACGUAUGGACAGCAUCGCCUAGCAGUAGUAUAAGACGUUGUGUUAGAAGGAGAACAUGGAUUAGUUACUGGCACUUGUCGUUCGUUGAUGAGGAAAAUUGA